CCUUGAGCCGCUCCCAUGGCAUAUGGAGGUUCCCAGGCUAGGGGUCUAAUCGGAGCUGUAGCCAGAGGCCUACACCAGAGUCACAGCAACCCGGGAUCUGAGCCUGCAUCUGCGACCCACACCACAGCUAGCGGCAACACCAUAUCCAGUGCUGCAUGAUUUGUGGUUGGUUGAAUUCAUUCAUGGCUGCAGAACCUCAGGUACGGGAGGGCUGACUGUAAUGUUAUACUUGGAACCUCGUCAGCACUAGGGAUGCUGCCUAUAACCCCCCAAGGGUCAAGGGUCAACUGUACAUAUACAUUUAUAUGUACAUACAUACUCUGAAGUAUUUAGUUGGGGAAAGGGCAUCAUAUCUGCAAGCUAAGCAUUUCAGAAAAAAAAAGCCAUAUAUACACACACACAUGUAGCUAUAGUUAUAUAGUUAUAUACAUCUUUCUCUAUGUGUGUAUAUGUACAGACAGCCCUGACUUGGGAUGGUUCUACUUAUGCUGAUUUGACAUUAUAACAAUGCAAACAUGAUAAUGCUUUCAGUAGAAAUGGUACUUCACAUUUUGAUCUUUCCUGGGCUGUCAGUGAGUAGUAUGAUGCAGCUCCCAAUCAACCACGUGAUUAGGAGGGUAAACAACCAAUACAUUGACAGCCGUUCUGCUCUUCACUUCUAGUGCAGUACUCAAUAAAUUACAUGAGGUGUUCAUAGUUUCAUUAUAAGUUUUGUGUAAGAUAAUUUUGCCCAACUGUAGCCUAAUAUAAUCGUUCUGAGCAUUUUAAGAUAGGUUAGUCUAGCAAUGAGAUUCUGCUGUAUAGUAGAAAGAACUAUAUCUAGGAACAUGAUGGAGGAUAAUGUGAGAAAAAGAAUAUAUAUAUAUAUGUGUGUAUAUGACUGGGUCACUUUGCUGCACAGUAGAAAUUGACAGAACACUGUAAAUCAACUAUAAUGGAAAAAAUAAAAAUCUUUAAAAAAUAAGAUAGGUUAGUCUAAGCUAAGCUGUAAUGUUCGGUAGGUUAGGUACAUUAAAUGUAUUUUUGACUUAGGAUGAGUUUAUCAGAGCAUAACCUCAUUGUUAAGGAAGAUCUCUGUGCGUGUGUGUGUGUGUGUAAAACUGUUAGUUUCUCUUCCUCUGCCACAUAACUAAAUGACUAAAAACUUUUAAUUCUAUCCUGAAUGUUCUUUUUUUUUUUUGCUUUUUAGGGCCAUACCCGCAGCAUGUGGAGGUUCCUAGGCUAGGGGUCUAAUUGGAGCUGCAGCCACCGGCCUACACCACAGCCACAGCAAUUCCAUAUCCAAGCCGUGUCUGCGACCUACACCACAGCUCAUGGCAACACCGGGUCCUUGACCCACCGAGCAAGGCCAGGGAUUGAACCCAUAACCUCAUGGUUCCUAGUCGGAUUUGUUUCCGCUGCUCCACAAUGGGAAUGCCAAGUGUGCUUGUCUAUCUGCACACACUCCCUAGGUGAUCUCAUCCAUCCCAUUGACUUAAAAUACCAUCCACAUGCUGAUAGUUCCCAAAUGUGUUUCUUUGGCAUGAUCUCUCCCUUGAAUUGGACUUUUUUUUUUUCUUUUUUAGGGCCGCACCUGUGGCAUAUAGAAGGUCCCAGUUUAGGGGUCAAAUUUGAGCUGCAUCUGCAACCUACACCAUAGCCAUAGCAAGGCCAGAUCCAAGCCCUGUCUGCGACCUACACCACAGCUCACAGCAACGCUGGGUUCUUAACUGAGUGAGUGAGGCCAGGGAUUGAACACACAUCCUCAUGGUUACUAGUCGGGUUCAUUACUGCUGAGCCACAGUGGGAACUUCCUUGACUUGGACUUUUAACUGGUAUAUUAAACUUAACAAAUUCAGAAUGGAAUUUCCCCCUAAACUUGUUCUUCCCAAAUGUUCUCCAUUUCCAUAAAUGGCAUCACUAUCUACCCAGUUGCUCAAGCCAAAAACCUAGGGCCAUAUUCAGUUUCUUCUUCCUUUCCUCUUACUCCAUCCACAUACCCAACCCAUCCAUCAAGUCUGCUUCCAAAUAUAUCCUGGGUCUUUUAUUUCUCUCCCUCUCUGCAGUUUCCAUUAUACUGGAAAGACUUCAUCACCCUCACUGGACCCACUGCCAAAGUAUCCUCUCUGGUUUCCCUGCUUCCACUCUCAUCCUCUUAUCCAUUGUUCACAGAGCAGACAAUGUAAUCUUUAAAAAAAAAAGGCCAUAUUAUGUCACUGCCCUGUUUUAAAUCCACCAGUGUCUUCUAACACACUUAGAAUAAAGCCCAGACUCCUUUCCCGGGCCCCUGCCUACCUCUGAGAUCUUUUUUCCUCCCCCUUUCCCUCACUCACUGGACUCUAACCAUGGUGACCUUCACGUAACCCCAGAAUCGGGUCAAGAUCAUUCCCAUCUCAGAGCUUUUGCCAUCACAAUUUCUUCUACUUUGAAUGCUCACCCCCUCAAAUGUCUUACUGCUAACUCUCUCAUCCUUCAAGUCUCAGCUCAAAGGCCACUUCCUCCAAGAGGCUUGUCCUGACCCUCCCCCUCUCAUUCCAAGUCACCACCUCUAGUACACUUCCCUGAUGGACUCUACUUUGUAGCACCUCUUUGUAUCUGAUAUGAUAUCAUUUGUUAACUUGAUUAUUGUUUGUUUCUCCUCCUGUAAGUUCCAAGAGAACUGAGACUCUAUUUGAUUUACCCACCACAGCAUCCCUGAUGUAUGUGCACAAGGACUGGCUGAUAUUUGUACAUCAUGUUUACAUAUGUAUAUAUGCACAGCCAGUAAUAACAUAAAUACUUCAUAAGUAUCUGUGGAGGGUAAAUUAAUGCACAUCUUGGUUUCUUCAAAUAUAAUUAAGAUGGGCAAUAUCUUUUGUUUGAUUAAAAAUAUCCUUCUCUCAGUUAUUUACAGAAUAUCCUAUUUAAAAAAUCACAGUAUUUCCCAGGAUUUUUGUGCUGUUCUGACUCUUUUCAUUGAGGUGAAAAGGCAGAGGCGGUUUCACAAAGCAUUCCUUUAUUUGGCUUCCACGUCAUGCUUUUCAUUCUCCUGAAAAAGAUAUACUGAAAACAUUCCAUUCUAUCAGUACAGACAUCCCCAAAGCAUUCAAACUACACCAAAAAAAAUUUUUUUUAAAGCUACAGAAACCAACUUUCCCUGGAUUUUUGUUUUUCUUUUAUGAGUCAAUAAGCAUUGUUUACAGCUGCCCUGAGGCUUCUGCUAAUGCUUGUUAGAAUCUAGUGUGUUGAAGCUAAGCGUUUCUCUGUUAUAAUGGCAGGCUGCAGAUUAAUCUUCCUUAAUUCAUAUAUUUACAAUGACAUGGAAUACUAUAAAUUGCUUGCAAGAGAACAGAGAGAAAGCCAAAAGUAUUUUCGAGAAGCUUCUUCUCCCCUCAUUCUUUUAAACUCUCAUCUGAAAUUUAAAAGUAAACAAAAAUUAAUGUUCUACAUUUUUAGUUACUAAGAUAAUUUCUCCUUAAAAAAUUAAACUUUUUCUAGUUUCAAGCAUAAUAUAAACUUGAUCUGCUCUCAACAAAAUGAACUUUUGCAGGAGAAAAUGAAAUAAUAUAGUUCUGUGCCUCUUCACUGACCCUAGCAGUAAAUGCUUAUUAACAACUUUCUCCAGAAUUCAGCGUCUCUCUUUUCCUCUUUCUUGGCCUUCACUACCCAGGUUAAUGAGCAAAUGUUGUUCUAAGCCUUUUUAAAAGGAAGAUGUUAAUCUUUUUUCAAAAAAAAAAAAAAAGAUCUAAUCUUAUUACAGAGAUGUUUCAACUGACUCUUUUUGUUCUGAAAUUCCAUUGCUAUGACUAGCUUGCCAUGUAGUUUGUACAGGCAAUAUACAUAUUAAUAAUGUAUUCAUAUUAACAUAUAAGUUAAUUAUGCAAAAGUUACUGGUAAAAUAAGAAAAAUAUAAGCUCUUUAUCCAUAACAUAAAAAUCCCACCACACAUAAAAAAACAAUAUUUCUAUUUUUUUGUCUUUUUGUCUUUUCUAGGGCCGCACCUGAGGCCAUAUGGAACUUCCCAGCCUAGGGGUCCAAUCGGAGCUGCAGCCGAAAGCCUACGCCAGAGCAGCUCAGGAUUCUAGCUGCAUCUGCCACCUACACCACAGCUCACAGCAACACCAGAUCCUUAACCCACUGAGCAAGGCCAGGAAUCAAACCCGCAACCUCAUGGUUCCUACUCGGAUUCACUAACCACCGGGCCACGACAGGAACUCCAUAUUUUCCUAUCAUUUUUGUAUCUAAAAUUUAAUAGAAAUCAUUAGAAUCAGAAAUCAAAAUAAUCCGCAAUACAAUGCUUGUAGUGAACAUAAAAAUAAUAAGUGAAGUAUAAUGCUGCAGUAGGAUAACUACAUUGGCAUUCUUGGCUAUCAUUGGAAAACAGUUUUAAUAAAACUUUAAAAAGGGGGAAGGUGUAUCCUAUGAGAUAAACAGAAAUUAUUAAAAGCAGUUUUAUGGAGUUACUGCUGUGGCUCAAUGGGAUUGAUCUGUGGUCCUUGGGAACACUGGGAUGUGGGUUCGAUCCCCAACUGGGAGUGGGAUAAGGACCCAGCUGCGGUUUAGGUUGCAGAUGGGCUUGGAUUUAAUCCCUGGUCUGGGAACUCCAUAUGCCGCGGGGCAGCCAAGGAAAAAAAAAAAAAAGAGGCAGUUUUAAUAAUUCUUAACUUUAUUUUGCAAUUAGUGCUUUGAAAGUGGAGUUUAUGUAGAAAUAGGUAUAAAGGAAAGUUUCUCAAAAAGAUGGAAUUGUUCAUUGUUCUGGCGGAUAUGUAAAAACAAUGCCGACUCAAAAAGCAGCCAAGUGGACAGCUGCAGAUGCUGUACCCAAUGGAAAUACUAAGCAGGCAUAGCAUGAAUCAAUAAUUAACAAAGCAGAUGCACAGAGCUUGAUGAGGAUGAAUAAUUGCAUAUGCAGGAAUGGUAAAGGAAGCUGAUAACAGUACUAGUUUUGUAAGAAAUUAGAUAAACUCUUUGUUUUCGUGAAUUUGUUAGCAAGAGUACUUCAGUGCCUAAUAGUACACAAAGACUAUCUUUUUUAAAUGCUUUAACUGAUAUGCACUUUUAUAUAGUAUUUAUCACUAAAGAUAUUUAUGAAUCAAGGUGGUCCCCAAGAAAAUAUUAAUAGGGUGAACAUAAAAAUAAUUUUCAAAAAUAAGGAAUGAAAUGAUAUUUUAGAUGGGCUAACUACAGGAACAUCAAAUUGUUUAUUUUUAGAAUUCUUAAGUUUAAUGAAAUAUUGAAGAGGGGGUAUACCUUUAAUGCACAUUGUUUUCUAACUUGUUUUAUGAGUGUGUGCACAUGUGAUGCACGUAUAUAUACAAAGUGUAUAUAUGUACAUAUGUUUAUAUGUAUGUGUAUGUAUGUAUAUGUGUAUGUGUGUGUAUGUAUAUGUGUAUGUGUGUGUGUAUAUAUAUAUUCCUCCAUGCUAGUUAGUAGGUGUCUUGAGGAUAGGUAUUGUAUCUUUUAUGUCCUCUAAAAGCACUAAGCCCAGUACCCUGUAUAUAAAUAAACUGCUGUGGAAUUAAUACUACAUCCUGGUUUCUUCAAAAUAUAAUGAAAAUGGACAAUCUGAUUAAGCAUGCUUUAGUAAAAAUACUCAGAGUAAAUUCUUUACACAAGAGGUUGAACGUAUGACUUGGAAACAUCUUUUAGGAGUCUUUUUUUGAGAAAUACAAUUCAUAGACUGCAGUGAGUUGGAAAAUUGGUAAUUUGCAGGAGUCACAGAUGCAUUUAUAAGAGACUUCUUGGAAAGCAGAUUUCAGAGUUUUAAGUAUACAAGGAGGUUGAGGAAGGUAUGUAAGGAAUCUUGGUAUAUAAGGUUCAUUUACAGCCUUUUUCCUUAGAACACAGGUUGCAAGAACAACUGCUCCUCUGAAUGCAAAGGGUUCAUUGCUCAUUACUACAUCAAGUGCUUUAACCUGAAGAUGUGUUCUUUCCAUGCCCAGUUUAUAUCGUUCUUUCUUUUCGUUAUCAUUGAAAAUUCAUGCUAUUAUCUACUUAUUCAUUAACUUACAAAUAAUUUAUUGAGUACCUACUGUGUGCCAGAUGCUAUUCUAGAUGUAGUGAACAAUCAAAAAUCACUGCCCUUGUGGAAAUUUUAUUUGAGAGAUGGAGACAGACAAUAAUCAAGAUAAAUCAGUAAACUAUGUAAGUUAAGACAAUGUUAAGCACUAGGGGAAAAAACGAAGCAGAGAAAAGGGACAGGAAAUCUGAGAAAGGAGUGGAAUUUAAAACUGAGUGGCCGGGAAAGGCCUCACUGAGAAGUAACAUUUGGAUUAAGCCCUGAGUAAUGAAGGAGCUAGUCCUGUGGAGUGGGCGCUGGGGAGGGAGGUAGGAGAGCAUUCCAGGCAGGGGAAAUCCUAAGCUGCAGCGGUCAGGAGGUGAAACAGUGCUUGGCACACUUGAGGAAUAUCACGGAGGCCAGAGUGUCUGGAGGAGACCAGCGGAUACAGCAUGGGAGAGGAGACCAAAGAGAUGACAGAAGGGUGGGUCAUAAAGGACCUCAUGGGUGGAAAGGAAGCCGCUGAAGUGUUUUUCAUAGAGAACUGACAGUAUCUGACUUUUUAACAGGAUCACUCUUGUUAAUGAGUUUUGAGAUUAAAGUGAAGAGGCCAAGUGUGGACAUGCAGAGUCCAUUUAGGAGGCUCUAGCUAUAGUCCAGAAAGAAGAUGCCAGUGGCUUGAGCCAAAGUGGUGGCAGUAGUGAUAGUGAAAAGUGGCUGGAUUCUGUAUUCAUGCGAAUUUCUGACAGACGAAGAUGUGAUGUUAUCCACUACCUGUGAUAUACUGUCACAUUUCCAGUUUCCUCCUAAUUGAUGAAAAAGAUACAAAUUAUUACAUGUUCACUGUCAUUCUUAUCCUGAUGUAACUUCAACUUUCCUUUUGUUCCUGAGAUUGAAAACACAUCUCACAAUUAUUUCUGUGUCCUAUCUCAACCUUAAGGAAGGAUAAGGAGAAAAUGUGGCUCUGAGAAUUGACUGUGCCAACGCUAUCUUGAGUUCCUCUGAUAAGCACCAGGCUUGUUUCCCUUGUUUAUAUGCUCUAGGCCUCAGAAUCCUGCACGUUAGGCUCUCAAAAAUAUUCGUUUCUGCGUUUCCCACGCAGCAUAAACAAAAAACAACAUGCAGCUGCUAUCAAUUGCACAAUCAUAAAUUUAAAUUUGUAUUUUAGUAUUAAGGAUAUUACUCUGGGGUACUCAGUUGGUAACUAGUUGAGCCUCCCGCCCUUUCAUUACUACCAGCUGUAAUCUGAAGUUGUGUUAGCUUUUUUGCACCUGGAAAGGUAACUUAAAGGUGGAGAAGACUGGCUUUAUAAUUCCCAGCUGGGACUGAGAGUGUCACGCCACCUCUCUGCUGUGAAUCCACGGAGCUAAGUCCUCUUAAACAGCUCAAAGCAUCUACAGAGAGGAUUAGUUAAAACUCAGGCAUCCCAGACUGGAAACCAGCUUCUCCGAGGGCCCAGGCUACAAACCCGCGAGGCGCAGGCCUGCGCGGUGCACGCCGGGAGUUGCAGUUCCGCCGCUCUUCCUGAGAGCUCAGCCGUUUUAGUUCGAGUGCUUCCAGCGGCGCGCAGGCUCCCUGAAGCUCCGCGCACGCGAACAGCAAGAAGCGUUUCCUAGCAACGGGGGAGCGGCAACGUCACAGCGGCGAGUAUUAGAAGCUGCCCACCGUUGGGCGUCUUCGAGUACCUUCCCGCACCUGAGGGCUGGAGGGAACGGCUCUCGCAGCUAGCUGUCUGCGCGUCUUCCUUUGCCCUUACCUGCUUUGCCCGGUCCCAGGUCGCCGAGAGCAACCUCCCGCCGCAAGCCCGCCUCUGACGUACGGGCCGAAAGGCUAGAGGCGCCCGCCAGGUUCCUGUCCAGUCCUCGUUCCCAGAGCCGGCGGAGCCCGGCGCCCUCGGCCUUGGGGGGGACGAUGCUGGAGUCUAUUCGCGUGACGGAAAAGCUUCACUGGCCUGAGCAAGAACUUGCUAAGAAGUCUAUUCUAAAUGCAGAAGAGUCAUUGAUCAUUAAUAGCAAAAGAAGCAUUUCACAUUUAUCUCCUGGAAUACUAAAGGACAUUUUCACAACUGGAACCAGUAGUUACAAUGUCCUACUACAGAGCAAAGAGGAAAAAAAGCAUCAUUCACAAAAACAGUCUUCCUCCACCUACUCCAAGAGAUGUAGAAAACCCAGCAAAUUUCCUGGCUCUUCACGUAGCAAAGAUCUUCGCAAGAUGAAAGCCCCAGUGCCUGUGAUGAGCAGCGGUACUUGGUACUGCCUAGAAAGGCAGCCUGCUGUUUUUGUCACUAGUUCAGUGUCAAGUCCUGUAAAGUUUACACAUGAUAUCUCUGUUACAGGAAACAGCAUAGUACUGCCACCAAAACCCAAAAAUGAAAGAAAGGUCAAGCGGCGCCAUUUCUCCACACUUCCAAAGCCAAAGCCACAGCCUCAGCUGUCUAGAAGUUUUGAAAAAGGAGAUGACUUUUCUGGAAAGAAAUUUUGUAUACUGACAGCUAUAAAGCCCACCAACUUGGAGAAAGAAAAACUGAGAUUCUUUAAGUCUGAUUAUACCUACAAUCCUCAGUUUGAAUAUGCUAAUCCUUCCCUGCCAAGUGUAUUAGCCAAGCACAGCAAUGCCUCUGACCGAUUUCUUAAGCAGUCCAUCAAUAUUAUGGAACUGACUUUACAAAAGUAUGGAAGUUAUGAAAAAUUUGAACAGGCCACCGGUGGUAGCCUGCUAUCUAAAACUCGAAUCUGGAGUCAUGUUAGGAAGUACAUGAUGAAAGAAGGCUGCAUGGGUGAGAUUGUAGUUCAUCUCACUGAGGACCUGCUUUCCCGAGCUUCCAUGACAGUAGUGAAUGGAUGUCCAACACUGACCAUCAAUGUUUCCACUGCACGUGAACACUGGCUGGAGGGAAUGCUGAGGCAUGAAAUAGGCACACAUUAUUUUCGAGGUAUUAACAAUCUUCAACAGCCAUGGAACAGCUGGACUGGCCGUAAAAAACAUGAGCUAAAGCCAAACAAUCCCACAGAGGAAGGACUGGCAAGUAUUCACAGUGUCCUGUUUAGAAAAGACCCAUUUUUGUGGAGGGCUGCCCUCCUCUACUACACUGUUUAUCAAGCCAGCCAAAUGUCUUUUUGUGAACUCUUCAAAGAUAUUGGAAGGUUUGUCAAGGACCCCAAUACAAGAUGGGAUUAUUGUGUACGAGCCAAGAGGGGAUGGACUGAUACCUCGAAGCCAGGGUGUUUCAGUAAGGACCAGGUAUACUUGGAUGGUAUCCUGCAAAUACUCCGAUAUAGAGAGACCAUUGACUUUCAUCUGCUAACUGCCCUUGGGAAGGUCUCUUACGAAGAUGUGGAUCGCUUAAAAGGAUUGGCAGUUACUGAAAACAUGAGGGUCCCUCACUUUCUGCAAGACCAUGGCCGGUACAUGGAACACUUAGAGAAGAUCAUGGAAGUGAAUGAACUGACCGACAGGGAACUGAAAGAUCUUAUAUAGUAAUUAGCAUUCUUGCAGACAUAGCUAAGGUAUACCUCUAUGUAUACUACCAAUUAGGUGCAUCUAGCACCAGCGGAUUUAUAAAAGAGGAAUGACUGUUUACAUGAGUUUUCUGAAGAAUGAUCUGCAGUAUUCAGCUGAAUAUUUAGGUUGAGAACAAACCUUAAACGGUUUCCCUACAAUAGGCUGCAGGGGAAGUUACUCCUAUUUUCAUCUGAAUCUCAACAGAGUCAGAUGAAAAUAUUGCUGAUAAGUGUUUUUUGAGGAAUCUUGGUCAAACUGAGUGAUAAGCUUCUGCCUGAACAGUGAAGCACUGGUCUUACUGCCCCUGCCUGAGUACCAAGACCAGCUCUGACUAGAGAUGGAAUUCCAGUGUUGUUCAAACUCCAAGAUUCUAUUUUAUUUAAUAAAUUAAUGGUAAUUGUUCUCCUUUGAAAAAUUAGUUUGUGGUAUAUCCCCAAAAGCUAGCUAUAUUUAAGAUUUCUUAUUUAUUUUAUAUGUUAGGUAAUGUUAAAGGGAGGGGAAAAAGCAUUCUGAAAAGUUUUUUUAUUAGUUAGUGUACGUGUUAUUUCAUCUUAUCAGCUUAUAGGAACUAAAGUAAAAAUUAUUUUUGUCCAGUUAUCCCUUGACUAAACUUGCUUUAAAUUUUCAAGGGGUAUGGUAUGUUUCAACAAAUGAAAACCAAGUUUUAGGGUCUUUCCUCCCUAUUCAUCUUCAUGUAAAUGAUAAGUACAAGUUUCAGAGAGAUUUUUCUACAUAAAUUGACAUAGUUGGGAAAGAGAAACUAACCUUUUUAUGAAAUUGAGCGACAAGCGGGGGACAAAUCAUGUAGGAGCCAGAUGUUGACUGGGUAGCAUCCAGAAUAAACUUGACAAUGCCCUGAGAAACAAUUUCUGGGCAUUGCCACUUGAUAACUGGCCUUGCGAUAUUGGCUCAGAGUAUUUUAUCAAAAUCUUUGACUUUAUCAAGCCAAUAAUGACAUAGCUUGAAUUUCAAAAAUGUGACUUCUGUUUUGCUCCAUUUCUCCUUGCUCCAUUUCUCCUGCUAAAAGCUUAUACACUAGCUUUUUGAUGUUCAAUAUAUUAGUUGGAUAUAUAUAUAUAUGUAUGUGUGUGUAUACACAUACAUACACACACACACACCACCCUUAGGAUCAAGUUGUUUAAACAACUUAAUGAUCAGAAAGAAUACUGCUAUAAACACUCCAUGCAAAAUUGAUACUGUAUAGUAAUCUCUAUCCGGAGUCUGAGAGUUUAUCUUUACCUCAAUUCAGGCUUAAAUAUGGUGCUAACAUUGGUAGAUGUAUAUUGCAAAGCCUGGUUCACAUUCAUACUAGGAAAUGAUUUUAGAAACUCGUUUGCAGAUUAGGUUAUGUGAUUUUUCUCUUUCAUGUAUCUAGAAGGGCUUGCCUCAAAGAAGAGUGAUAUAUUUCAACAAACAGGAUAUAUUCUAACUGGCACAUGGCGGUUCUUGCAAAGCUACACAUUUCAUCUUUGGCAGUAGCAGGCCAGGUCCUUUGGAGCAUUAAAGGUGCCCACACCUGUGCCAUCCGGGAGUUUGUGUGCAUCUCUGUGCAGGGCUUGGGGGCAGAGUGCACCAACACUAGCCAGACACCAGAAAAUCACUCUUAUCCCUCAAGUAGUAUUUCCUUGUAGCAGAGCCAUCCAGUUUCAGCUUUGUUUAGUGUUUUCUGACUUCAUCUUCAAACUUAUCAAUUGUGAAAAAUGUCUUAACUGGAAUUGAAAUAUGCACAGAAACGGCAAUAUUUAUGUUCUGUGACUUAAGCCCAAAUUCUUGUAAAUUCAACAUUUGUAGGCAAUAACACUGCUAAUAUUACAUUAUGGUUUAAAUAUAAAGGAAAAAUCACAGCAGCCUUAAUUUCCUCUUGGUAGGAUUAUUUGCAGUGGUUCUAGUCCCUAAAGUUAAAAAUGGAUAGAUAUUCUUCUCUCUUUACCUGAUCUAAAAAAGGAAAAACUUUCUUGCCUUACUGCUUUGGUAUAAAGACAAAAAGGAAAUGACCUUAAAUCACAUUAAGAUAUUUCAAAAGUUAGCAAUGAACCAAAAAUAACUUAGUGGAAAUACUUAAAGAUGUCUAAGCUUGAAAAGUUGAGAUUGAAGAUUUAAUUAAUGUUUAUUCUCUUUCUUGAAACAGCAUUAAGGUCAGUUUUGUUCCCUAAAUUAAAAGUUUUAAUAAAUAGAAAAUAAUUAUAGCAGCACUUAGUGUAGUUGAAGAUGAUAUUAGUUUUAAUAGUUACUUGCAGUGGGCUGUUGCUGAUUAGGAUUUCAUCAGUUUUGUCCACAGCAAUUCUAACGAUUAGUUGUAUCAGAUACAAAUUCUGAUAAACUGUUAGGUUUUCACACCAGACAGGUUAAAGUAAAAUUGUUUGCAAACGUAAAUCCAUAGUCUUUUAUAUUUUCACUUUGGUAAAAAGUGUUUAAAGUUUGUAUCAUUUGUGUUAUAUAUCUUUGAGCAUUUUGUGUCUAGCUACAUAAUAGAAAUAAAUAGUACUGAGGUUCUCAAAUGAUGUAGAUAUAUAUGCAUGCAAAUUUCUGUUCUUUGAAAAGCUAAUUAUAUUUUUAUUGUGCUA